AUGUCAAACUUUUACAACUAUGGUUUGCCACGUGGCAAAAUAUCAAUGCAUUUUACUAAUAAAUUUCCCGCUCAUAUAUCCUCUUCUUUGAUUGAUUUAAUGAAAUUGCUAUCAGCUAUUGCCUUAUCCCCUACCCCAAUCGUUCAGACCUUCACAAAUCGCAAAACGCAAAUCGCCAUUCGCCAGCAUCUCCUCCGCUGCUCCACAUACCGGUUGUCGCCUGCCGGUGCACUAUCUGUGCUCGUCGCCGCUGCUCCACCAUCCUUAAUCGCCACCAUUCAUAAUCGUCGGCCUCUACUUCAUCGAUGGUUGCUGAGUAAGAACGGAGAACGACACAUACAUACGAUUGAAGUUGUACUUUCGAUUUCCAGCUUUCAGUUCCUUUUGUGUCUUACAGUAAUAGUCGAUGUGUAUGUAAGUGAUAGUCUCGCUUACACCCGACGAUACAAGUGUCUUUUUGUUAAGCGUGGGCACGCGUGUUUCCUGUUGCCCACAACGACGCAACCUCUUUUUCCCCUCCGAACCAUCAACGACGCCUCUCCUCCACUCCACACUGCUACAACUCCGAUCCCCUCUCCUGACGCCGCCGUCGGAUUCGCCUGUGGCGCCUUCGUCCCCUGCUCCAGCUGCAUCGCCUCCGGCAUCAUCUCCGGGUUUUCCCUUAAUAUUUCAGCCCCACUUUCCCUCUUCUUUUUCAAUACACACGACGUUCCCUCACCCACUCCAUCUUCGGAACCAGCCGGCCGGAUCUUACGCCAGUGCCGUCAUCGCCGAAGCCUUCCAGGUCCCUCGUCGACAACUCAACUUUUGGGAGAAUCGGGUGUUAAUUUGUUAGAGAUUCAAAAGAUAAACCUAAAUGAUUUGCUAGAGAUUCAAAAGCCUAGCUUCUUUCAAUAUACACUGAAAAAUUAUAAUCUGAAUUGA